AUGAAAAUAGAAUGUAUUAUUACAUUAUAUAGUACUGAUAGUAGUAAUAAUAUAAAUUUAAUUAAAGAAAACUUAGAUUUUUUAGAAAGCGAAUUCGAAGCAUAUUGCCAAAAUUUAAGAAAUGAAAAUGAAAAGCUUAUAUUACUAUUAAAAAAGAAUUUACAAACUGAAUUACUACAUUUACCACAAACAAUUAGAAACAUGACAAUGGAAGAUUUUUUACAUCAAUGCUUAGAUUCAAGUGCUCUAAAUAAUGUCAUCUCACCCUCACAAAAUGAUGUUAUUAAUAAUGUAAACAAUAAUACUAAUAAUAUCAAUAUAGAUAAUAAAAUAAAUAAUAAUAAUAAUAUGGAGCAAAUAUUAACAAACACACAGUCUCCAACCACAACUCAGUUUUAUAAUAACAACAAAGAGCCUGGUUUAUUAUCAUUAGGUGAACUUUUAAUGACUCCCGAAAGACCUAUUAAAAAUAUGAACGAAUUUAAACAAAAAGUUAUAUCAAUAUUAAACUCACCUCAGCUUAUAAAUAAUAGUAAAAAUAAAAGAAUCAUUAUUACCGAUGACGACAGUUUUAAUAAAAACAACAGCUAUAACAAUAACAGCAAUAACAAUAAUAACACCACUACUGAAGAAAGUUUUGAUGAUGAUGAGGAUAGCGAAUAA